AUGAUUUCAAAUACAUUUAUAUUUUUAAAAAUUAUUUUUUUUAAUGAAAUGACUGAUCCUUCUAUAAAAGCUAUUAUUGAACUUAAACGUCAAAAACUAGCUGCUAUCCGUGAAGGAAAAAAGAAAAAAGAAGUGGAAAAAUUAACACUUCAGGCUGAAAAACAAAAUAUUGCAGUCCAAAAAGAAGAUUUUAUUCCUGUCAGAUAUACAUUUACUGAAAAUGAACUUCAAGGAAUUCUUGAAGGAGCGGGUAUUUCUCCCACAACAGAAGUAAAAGUUCCAAGGCAAAGUUUAGCAGCAAAUAUGUUAGACAAUUUUAAAACUCCAGCAGUUCCAACUCAAAGGCCAACUGGUUUGGUAUUAGAUUCAACUGAACCUGAUAUUAUAUCAUUCAAACCAAUUUGUCGUACAACAUGUUAUACAAAAUCUGUCCAGACAGAUGACAAUAACAUGGCUCAUGGAGAAUUUUUUGACGUUGGAAGUCAAGAAUUUUAUGAUGAGUUUGAUGACAAUCCUUUUCCACAAGCACAACAUAAAUCACAUCAUCAUAUGCCUUUUGAUGAAAGUCCUUCAAGUGAUAUUAAUGAACUUUUAACUAGUAGUGGUUUUAGAUUACCACCAACAGAAACCAAAGAAGUAGAAAAAGUUAUCAUUAAAGAACCUGUGAUAAAACCACCACCAAAUCCAUUAACGGAAACUGAAAAAGAACACAUAAUAAAAAAAUCUGUUGCACCAAGUGUUGGUAGAACUUAUAAAUUAUUUGCUAGAGCUCUUGCUGAAGAAGCAUAUGUUAAUGUUAAUUAUAAUAAUGAUACAAAAGAUAAACCUAAAUAUUGUAAUGGUGAAAAAUUAACUCUUGAGAGAACUUUUCAUCAAAAACGAUUAGAAAAUACAUUUGUUGCUUCUAUCGAUAGUUCUGAACAUUUUAAUGAACUUAUUGUAGCUGCCUAUGAUCGAAUAAAGAUAGAUCUUACUGAACCAGGUAGUAUUGUUAAAAUCUGGAAUAUGCGUUUUAAGGAUGAUGAACCAGAAUUUAGUUUGUAUAGUCCAACAAAAUUGACUUGUGCGGCUUUUGGAAAGUCUAAUGCUAAUAUUAUUAUUGGAGGAUGUUACAGUGGACAAAUUUGUAUGUGGGAUACAAGAGAUAGUAGAAAAACACCAAUACAUAAAUCACCUGUUAGUCUUGGAUCACAUACACAUCCUAUAUGUAAAUUGAAAGUUAUUGGAAGUCAAAAUGCAAAUAAUAUAGUUACUAUAUCUUCUGAAGGUAAACUUUGUUCGUGGUCACUUGAAAAUCUUUCACAUCCAGCUGAAACUUUAUCAUUAAAUCUUGAAUCAAAACCAGUUGCAUCAAACUCUCUCUCAUUUUUCCAUAAUGAUUCAAGUAACUUUGUUGUCGGUGGUGAAGAUGGUCAAAUUUAUUGUGGUAGUUGGAAUAAUGAAAAUUUAUAUGUUGUUAAUGAUAAAUAUAAUCAUUUUGGUCCUAUUUCUUCUAUCGAUACACAUAAAGCAGUUGAAAGUGCCAGGACAUCUGGCUUAUGUUUGACUGGUUCUCUAGACUGGAGUGUCAAAUUAUGGAAUAUAAAAGAAAAUAAAUUACUUUAUCACUUUGACAAUCAUUCAAAUUACGUUACUGAUGUUGCUUGGAGUCCUGUACAUCCUGCCAUAUUCGUAUCAACUGAUGCCGAUGGAAAAAUCUUUUUAUGGAACAUCAAUGAAGAUGUUGAAAAUCCAAUAUCAACAAUUACAUUAAAGAAUGAAGCAUCUGUUAAAAAAGUUUUAUGGUCUAAAACUGGUCAACAUUUAAUUGUUGGUGAUACUCGUGGUUGUUUACAUGUUUAUGCAGCUGAAGAAUCUUUACAUACACCCAGACAAAAUGAAUGGGAUCGUCUUGAGGAAAGUUUAGAUGAAGCAUCAUUAAUUUAUAAAUAA